AUGACCUCUGCCCACGACACCGUUUCCAGCGAUCUCUACCAUCUGGUCUUAUCGGCCACUCAUAUCAGUAAAGACCCAAACAACAUUAUCGAAAAGGUCCGCAUCCCCGGUACCUACGUAUCACUGCGGGCAGCCAAAGCAGCUGCCCACAGUUGUCUCUAUGACGCCGGGUACGAAAGGGAGUUCUUCACACAAUAUGAAAUCAACAAAGAUAUCUUCGAAGAGCAGAAUCUCCCAGAAAGACAGGGUCUCAUUGUAUUUGCAGUUGCCUCCGAUGGUACCACCUUCCGCGUCCGCAUUGAUACGACUCCAAAUAGUCUUGGAUUAAUGACGGAUUAUGAGGAUGGUCGAAUCCCUGUGACUCUCUAUUACGUUAUCCAGACCACCUUUGCAUAUAAUGGAGAGAAGGAAGUCAGUACAGUGCGAGAUCUCAAUGUGUUGGGUGCGUUUAUCAGUUAUCAGGAGGCGAGAAUAUAUGCAGAGAAGGUAUUACUGUCCGAGGAUGAUGCCCUGACUAAGGAAAGCUAUGAAGCAUACGACGAGGCGUCGCCUGUCGAAACGGACUGUGGAUAUGGCGAGAAUGUAGUCGUGCAUGCCGUGGGUGAGUAUGGUGAGAAUUAUUCAAUCAGUGUGAUUGAGACAAAGAGGCUGGAAAAUGUCGCUUUGGCGGAAACAUCAAUGCAAAUUAUGUGA